UCUGUAUUGGGUGUGCGAUUAUUCUGUUUAAUAACAUGUUACGAAACAGGGACACCUCGAGUCCAGGAGAAUUUUUUUAAUUACUCAUAUGCAACAUUGGACUAUAGCAGUGACUAUUUUAAGGAUGACUGGCAACACAAGAGGAUGGUCUCCGGUUUAAGCUUAGCUGUCCUUGUCUGGGCCACAUUAAGCACACACACUACUGGUCAACCCUGCCGAUGUUCAGCCCUCCUGCCUGCUGGCCUGCAGGUCAACUGCAGCUUUUUAAACCUCAUGGAGCUGCCUCAUCUGCCCUCAGACACCACAGAGAUCGAUAUGCAGAACAACCGGCUCAUCUCGGUGACUCCAGGCCUCUUUGACAGACUGGUCGGUCUGAAAAAGGUCUCACUAUCUGGAAACCCCUUUCAUUGUGACUGUAGGAUCCAAUACCUGAGGAACUGGUUACUGAAGAACAGGGAUGUUGUCUCCAAGGAGCCCACCUGUUCCAGUCCAAGCUCUGUGUCUCAGAGAGCCAUCACUGAACUCACCGACGACUACUUUUCUUCCUGUGCCCUGGCAGGCUGUACUUAUGGGACUUAUAGCACUGUGAUGGGAGUGAUGCUAUGCUGCCUCAUUGUUCUGCUUCUGUGGAGCUUGAGACUAGCCAAAACUUGCACAUUCACUCUUUACAUAUAUGAGAGACAUUCGGGAUUUGAGGCCGACUCUUUGCGCUCACUGAAGCCCAAACACAGGAGGAGGCUGCACACUGCGCAGUCAGAGGUCAGCAUGGAUUCCCUCACGUGUGCGGAGGAUCUAGAAAAACCACUUAUCAACAUGGAGUUACUGCCACAAGUACUGGAUGUGUUGCACAAGAAGCACAAUAUAAAGAUAAAGGCUACCUGAGGGACCUACUACAGUGAAAUAACAAAAUACACGAGUGGCAAAUAGAAUUAACAGCAGUA